AUGUGGCUGCUGGAGAAUGAAGAGGCUUUCCAGGCCGGUCAACUAGCAAUCUCGCACAAUACGAUUUCCCGCAAACAUCUCACCAUCACCAUCGACCGCGUCGGCGACGGCGACGCCCUGCACCCAUCUCGGCGCUCCAAAAUCACAAUCGAGGACCUCGCGACUAAAAUCGGUACCGUAGUCAAUGGGAAGAAGCUGAAAGGCACAAAAUACGUCGUCGAAAAUGGCCAGGAUGUCGAGAUGACGAUGGGAAAAUGCCCCAACAAGUUUCGCCUGACUUGGAAACUGGUCGCAUUGACCUUUUCUUUUUCCAGCAAGGAACUCCAGGCGAAGCCGAUCAACGCCCUUCAAUCACGACUGGAGCAGCUCGACAUAAAACUGCUAGUCGACUACAACGUAGACUUUACGACGCAUGUUGUGGCCAAGAAGCGCAACACAGCCAAGGGUCUCCAAGCACUGAUCAAUGGACGAUUUAUCGUCACAGAGUCGUUUCUAGAUGCAGUAACACAGGCCGCGGACCCAGUUGACGAUGGGAAUGGCUCACAGACAUGCGCCUUGGAGCAAAAUUUCGACGAGUCAUGGCCGGAUCCCAUGAAGCACCUGCCACCUCGUGGUGGUGAGCCGUUUGAACAUCCCGACGAAAUCUACACACCAGACCCGGGUAGAUUAGAUCUUUUUGACGGAUACACCUUCAUAUUUUAUGAUGCGACGCAAUAUAACAACUUGCUCGCUCCCAUAACGAAUGGAGGAGGCAAAGCUUUGGUUGAAAUAGUCAAACCUGGCGAGACCUCGUCUGAUGACUUUGUCCGAUACGUCAAGGGGGUAGCUGGCGAAAAAGGUCUUGGCAGCUUUAAUGAUGGAAGUGAAGGUAAAGGUGUUGUGGUUGUGCGAUAUCUGCCAACAAAGGGUGAGCAUGUGCCGUGGUACACAGAUUUCAUUACAACCGUCUCUCUAAGGCUAGAUCACCGCCCUAUCGAGCAAAAUGAGUUCCUCGAGGCUAUCUUGAUCAAAGAUGCCAGCAUGCUUCGCCGGCCACUCGAGGUAGAAGAGCAAUCAGGAACAUCGGCGAUCCCAUCGCAAGCUCCCCAGUCUUUGGGCGAUUCUUCCUCUGCCGCUGCCGCUCCUGCUGCCGGUCCCUCUGCCGCAGUUGAAGCAGAACCCACUACCAGAAGGCCUAGAAUGCGGAAGCCGGUGAAAAGGCGCUUUGCGGGGUUUGAUGAUGGCUCAGACAUCGACAUGGACGAGGUAAAACCGCCGGCUGUGCAAGCAAUUCCGCCAAAUGACGUUGUGGAAGAAAGUGGCUUGUUUGUCUCGCAAGAACCUGACCACCCCCCUGAGGAUCACUCAACCAUCACACAGAAGAGAAGUGCACCCGCGGAAGAUGAUCUUAUGGAAGGGAUGGCGCCAGCCGCGGCCAGAUUCAAGCGACAAAGAAUAGCUAUGGGUAACAACUUUGCGUCGGAAGCCCAAGAAAUGCCUCCACCAGAGCCACCAAAGCCCAUCAAGAAGGAGAAGAGGGAAAUAAAUAUCCUCGCCGAGGCUGCCAGGCACCGUCAGGAGCAGGAGGCUCGCGCAAGAGCGGAGCAAGAGGAUCUCGCGCAGCUGCCCGACGACAUUGACCUUGCAGAGAUUCGACGACUGAAUAUUGUCGAGGAGAUUGAGCUCCGCAAACCCGAGAGCACAAUGCGCUCUAGAGAUCAGGAUGUUGCUGAUGGUCGCUGGAAUCCGAAAUGGAACGGCAUCCAGAACUUUAAAAAGUUUCGGCGCCGGGGCGAAGUAGUUGGGAGGCAGCCCGCCCGGACAAUCAUUGCCGUUGACGAAGUACAGAGUAAGAAAUUCGGCGUGGGAGACAACUACUGGCUUGAGGAGGAAACAGCGCCACGUUCAAACUUGGGCACCAGAUUGCAGUCAGCGCUUCGAGAAGACUCGCCGCCGCCCAUUUCAAGAAUACCUAGCGGUCUCGGUCGGAACACGCACAAGGGUAGCGAAACGCCUGCCAAUGUCAAUGAGGGCGGCGAUUCCGAAGACGCAGAAGAGGAGGCAGACUCCCAGCCACCACGCGGCUCCUAUGGGCGGAGGACUGCCGCUCAGGGGACCGCCGGCUCCGGAGGCAGCCGCAGCCAGUCGUCGGCGCAAACGUCGCAGAGCUUGGGUAAGCGAGCAGCAGCCAGCACACUCUCUGGCCAGUCGUCAAAACGGCAGCGGCUACCACCGCAGCCUAUCCAGGUGGACGACAGUGAAGAUGACAGUGACGAUGAGCUCAAGUUCCGGUUUGGCAGGAGACGUUGA